GUGUGCACGCGCGCGCGCGCGCUCAUGUGCAUUGGCCUAGCUGCGUGUGCGCGCGAGUGUGUCUGUGUCUAUGGUGGAUCUGGAGGUGGCGCGCGCAAAAGCAGCGCGAGCGUUUCAGAGUGCUUGCGAUGAUGCUGGCUCGUUUCUCCAUCACCGCGCGCACAUAGGCUUUUUACGUGGAUUACGUUGGAAUUUUGCGCUACGUGUGAUUUGGAGAUUAAAGAGAACAAAGAGCGGUUCGGUGCGGAGAGAGAGGGAGAGAGAGAGAGAGAGAGGUUCACGCGUACGGGACACCACGAACGGAGAGAGUUCCAGGUUCCGUUAGUACGAGACCUGAUCGGAUCCGUGAUAGGAUAGCAUGAGACAAAUACCAAACCAGUUCAGAAGUUAAUGCAUGUGGAUGCAUUUCAAAGCGAGCAUGUCAGAGAGGCAGGAUUAGGACAAUAAGCAAUUGAACAGAUCUUUUUUUCUUCUUCUGCCCAAAUCUGUUUGGACUUGAUCUUCAGAGCUGAACUUUACACACUGACCAUGCAAAGUUUGCAGUGUGCUGGUCCCGUGUCAUAUUUACUCACAAUCUGCAUUUCACAGCACAAGAACCUGGAGCUGAACAUCGAAAGAUACAUCUGCCAUCUGUAGCAGGUGACUAUGCUUUCAUCUCCAUCAACAAUUUGCCUCCAUCACAGCAUCAGCACCUUCAACACUGACUCUGGCUCAAGCAACAUGAAAACAUCACAUCCAGACAUUCAUCAAUGUACCAGAGCAGUAAAAAGCAGUCGUCAAUCCCCUCCUGAAUUCUCCAUUGAGCUUGACAUGCUACUGUGAGGAGGAUGCGCUUCCCUCUGAAGAAAAUACGCAAGCAGUUCAAGCUCCUCCUGCUCCUCGUGCUGCUCACGUUUGCCAUUGGCUUCACCUACCUGCAUGUCAUCCAGGGCAGGGCCAUCAAACUCCACUCCAGCUAUGGCAAAGAUAUGGAGAGGCAAACAGAAGGCUUGGGUUCUGGCCAGAAAAAGCUGCCUCAUUCUUCCUCAAGUCACCCAGAAGACUCCAGUGACAGCGCAGAUGAGACAAAACACGGGCACGGGGGUGACGAGUUCGGUGAAUCUGAACAGGAAAAAUAUGGCAAGCCAGAGAUCCAAAAACUUCUCAGCCAGAAGCUCCUCAAGUUGCCAUGGAAACCAGAGUAUAAAGGCCAAGCCAACCUGCACGUGUUUGAGGACUGGUGUGGCUCAUCAGUUUCUCAGCUCAGGAAGAACCUGCACUUUCCUUUGUACCCACAUGCCAGAACCACAGUGAAGAAACUGGCUGUGGUUCCGAAGUGGAAGAAUUACGGCCUCCGCAUCUUUGGCUUUAUUCAUCCAUAUAAAGACGGAGAUUUCCAGUUUGCCAUAUCCUCUGAUGAUAACUCUGAGCUGUGGCUGAGCUCGGAUGAAAAUCCGCUCAAUGCCAAACUCCUGGCGUACGUGGGGCUGCAUGGCUCUGAGUGGACGGCUCCUGGUGAAUUCAGCAAGUUCAGGUCCCAGACCUCAAAGUCUGUACACUUGAUGACUUCUAGGCGGUACUACUUUGAGAUUUUACACAAGCAGGAUGACAAGGGCUCAGACCAUGUGGAGGUUGGGUGGAGGCCAUUUUUGCCUGGCUUGAAGUAUGAUGUCAUCGACUCAGCCUACAUCUCUCUGUAUACUGACGAGUCCAGCCUGAAGAUGAACAGUGUGAAACACAUCCCUCAGACCUUGGCCAGCCACACACACACUCUGCAGGAGGUCCACAGUUCACACACACAUGCUGCAGACAUGCUCAGGCCAGACCCACGCGACACAUUCUACAAAAUCCCCAUGAUGGAUCAGUCCAGGCUGGAGAAGGUGCUGCCAUCUUGUGUUUACUCUCCUACCUACGUAGUGAGAGAUUUCCCCAUCGCACGCUACCAGGGCCUACAGUUUGUGUAUCUGUCCUACGUCUAUCCAAAUGAUUUCACCAGACUCACUCAUAUGGAAAGAGAGAACAAAUGUUUCUACAGGGAAUCUCCAGUAUACCUGGAAAAGUUUGGCUUCUAUAAAUACAUGAAGAUGGAUGAAGAGAAUGAUGACAGGCCUCUUUUCUUUCCAAAUCCUGAUGAUUUCCUAGAAGAAGAAGAGGGUGUAGAUCUAGAGGAAGACUCAAGAGUCAACUCUAACCACCAUCCAGUCAGGAGGACAAUUAACACCAGCAUGUCUGAUCAGCUCUCAAGUGCUUCAUUUAGCACAAUCUCCAGUAAGGACCAAACAGGCAGAAAUUCAAAAGGUCACAUUUUAACCCAAGAGCACUUAUACUCACAUUUCAAAAUGAAGCAAACCAGAAGGAGGAUUAAAGGAGAAGACCAUGGGAGAGAUGAUGGCUACCAUAAACACACUCCACAGGAAGAUCAACAGAGCAGAAUAGAAGAAGAGAGGCAGCUGAGGCAGCAUAGAAGCAUUAUAGAGGAAGACCAUGAGACUCUCACAGACCAUAGAGAAAGUAUGGAAGAAGGAGACAAUGCCACAAUGCAAAUCCAUGGACGCCGUUCUUUAAAGUGGGUUCCACUAAGCUCUAUGCAGCGAAGCAACAAGAUCAUUCCUCUAAGGCUGAGCAAAACAUUCAAGAAUUCCCAGCGAUCCCCGCUAUAUACAUUGGCAAGUCACAUUCUGAGCAAUGGGGCUCAUCCUGCAUCUAAAGAGAAAGCGGUUAAGUCAAGCAAAAUCUACGUCACUAAACCUCAACCACCAAAAAGUACGCCAAAGCCGCCGAUGGAGAUCUUCCCUGGGGUCUUUUUGUACCAAACCGCAAGUGGAAAAAAGCUUGUGGAUUUCAGUUCGAGGUGGAAAUUCAUGAAAAGGCAUGAUUCCUGGCCAAUGUCAGACCAUAAAUCACCCACACAGCAAUUGAAGCACAGCUCCCUGAGUGAAGUGAAGGAUUUUCGAUCAUCCUCUAUAACAGACCUGCCUCCAUCAAGCUCAGAACUUACCGGGACAAACUCGUCUGACAGAAGGCAACCCGUAGAGAUCAGGACCACCAAAGCUUCAGAGAUGGUGGAGGAAUCGCAGCAGACGGAGGUUGCUGAGCUUAAAGAUGGCGCCACGUCUGAAUACAGCUACGAGGACGACGAGUCACGAAACGGCUGGACUGAGGAGGCCAUCAACUGGCAGCGUACGUUCAGCGUGAACCCGGUGGACUUUGAGCUUCUCAGGUCUGACUGGAAUGACCUGAGGUGCAACGUGUCUGGAAAUCUGCAGCUGGCUGAGAGCGAGGCACUGGAGGUGAUCUCGCAGUACGUAGAACGGAUAAACAAGUGCAAUGGCGGCAUCUACUCCCUCCUCCGUAUUGUUAAUGUUGAGAAGCGCAGAGAUCCAGCACGGGGAAGCCGUUAUUUAGUGGAGCUGGAGCUGAUGGAGGCAGGGGAAAGAGUGGUGCGCCUGUCCGAGUACAUCUACUUCCUUCACCAGCGCAGCCGCCAUGAAGAAAUUGUAGAGAGCAGGGAGGUCAUCACUCCUUCUGCCCCAACUGUGUCAUCUAAAUCACCAACUAGCAGCAGCUCCAGUGCACAGUCUCGGUCCUCCACAUCCUGGAGAGGCCACUGGCCAAAGCCACUGCUCUGUCAGCCUAGCAUGCUAGAGUGGAGGCAUGACAUCAUGGUGCACAUUGUGGUUCCAGUGAAGAACCAGGCACGGUGGGUUCAGCAGUUCAUCUCCGAUAUGGAACUCCUGCACCGAGAGACCAAGGAUGAGAACUUUAGCAUCAUCAUUGUGGACUUUGAAAGUGAAGACAUGGAUGUGGAGCAGGCCUUGAAGCAGAGCACAGUUCCCAGGUAUGAAUAUCUGAGACGUGAAGGAAACUUCGAGAGAUCUUCUGGACUACAGAUGGGGGUGGACACCAUAGCAGACAGCCACAGUAUCGUCUUCCUGUGUGAUCUGCACAUUCACUUCCCGCUGAGCAUCCUGGAGAGCAUCAGGAAGCACUGUGUGGAGGGCAGACUCGCAUUCGCCCCCAUCGUCAUGAGGCUGGACUGCGGGAGCUCGCUGCUGGAGCCAGAUGGCUACUGGGAGGUCAAUGGAUUCGGCCUGUUUGGGAUUUAUAAAUCAGAUUUUGACAGGAUUGGGGGCAUGAACACUGAGGAAUUCAAGGACCGCUGGGGAGGAGAGGACUGGGAGUUCUUGGACCGGGUUCUGCAGAAUGGUUUGGAGGUUGAGAGACUGAGACUUCGGAACUUUUACCACUACUACCACUCCAAACGGGGCAUGUGGAAUACUCCUAUAAAGAAACCGAGUCAAGGCUAGCCAGCUGGGAUGCUGUGGUUGCCUGAGUUGGAUCAGAUGGGGCAGGUUUGAGCCCUUUGAGCUUUCCAGAAGCUGCCUGAAGAGUUCCAAUGCACAGCCUGUCUGCCUUAAACACACUGGGUCAGUUAACACAGAUGUCAUAGUGGAAUCCAGAAUGAAGUUACAAUGGUUAAAAUAUCAUGCGCUUUUAUAGUUCCAGAGAAUAACUAUAAAAAGUGCCAAACAUACAGAAGAAGCACAUAGCGGAACUUACUCAAGUUCUGGACAUUAUGAACAUGAUUUGUUUUUUUUUGGAGGAGUGAGAGUGCUCAGGUAAUCUUAUGUUAAUAUGAUGUUUCCAUUAAUGGAUUGAUGUGUUCACAAAUUUUUUGGGAGGGUGAAUGGUGCUUACUAACAGAGACUGUGUUUUAUCUUCACAAAUGGUGUCAACAAAAAUGGUGUCCAGUUUACUAUACUCUAUCUUCUAUCUCUUUCAUUAUUUCUUCCCAUAUUUCUGUCUCUACAAUCUCUCUCAUUCGCUUUCUCUCUCUCUCUCUCUCUCUCUCUCUCUCUCUCUCUCUCUCUUGGUCUCUGUAUUUCUUUCUCUGUCACCCCUCAAAAUUAGUGACUGAUUUUCCGUAGCACGCAGAUGAUGUUUGUACUGUAGAAAUUUGCCAAAAUGCUGAGCUGCUGCCCUUAAUUAGUCUGGAAUUUAUUGUUAAUGUAAAUUUCAACACAAGGAGGAUGUCUGAAAAGAAAAGCAAAUGUAGUUGUCACUGAUGCCAUAUUUAAAGGAUAAUUUCUGUGAAAUUGUAUGUAGAGUAUGUAAAGGAUGUACAUUUAUUUCCUAUUAUUUUAUUUUCUUAUUUUCAAGAAUAAAUGGAGGAGUAACUGGGUUUUUGUAGUGAUACCACAUCUCUCCACAAGAGAGUGUGUGUCCCAAACAAUGCAAACCGUAUAAUUGUAUUCUUUUUUUAUCCAUCCAUCCUCUGUACCGCUUGUCCUACACAGGGUUGCGGGGAGCCUGGAGCCCAUUCCAGGGGACUCGGGGCAUAAGGCGGGGGACAACCUGGACAGGGUGCCAAACUAUUACAGGGCACAAUCAUGCACACACACACCCUCACAAACCCAUUCAAACACUAUGGACAAUUUGGAGAUGCCAAUCAGCCUAAAUGCAU